GACCGUCCAUGUUUGCAGACAGACUUCUGCAAAAAGAGGCGAAGGCGUACGAGCUUGACUUGUACUUCGUCUAUAAUUUUUUUUUUUAAUUUCGGGGCUACCUGCUCAGAAAUUCUUAAUUCCGAGUCCCUUACAUCAGUUUAAAAUAUUGGAGAGCCAGAGAUCAUUGCUGGGAUUUAUUCAGUGAUUUAAAAAAUGGCUGCUGUCUUAGACUGAUGAUGGAGUAGCUAUUUUGGUUACGGCGCUGUGAGGGCUGCCCCCCCUAACCAUGGCUAGAAAUGGUGUGGUGCAACAAUGGCUUGAAUGUGUUCCUGCAUUGAACAGUAGUGCUGGCUGCUACAAAAGUGAAGAUAAUUCCUCACUUCUAGUGGUUGCCAAAACCAGCAAGAAUCUCUUUGGUGGUUGUAGAAGCUUUGUAUCCCUUAUAUUUGUUAGUUGCUCCUUUCCUUCCUACACACACACUAUAACUUUGCUUCUUGGUGAGAGCACUGGGGCUUGCAAGCUGGUUGAUUUACUUUACUCUUUUAUACAGUUUUUAGCCGUCUUGUUAGUCAUUCUUAUUAACAGACUUGUUGUAAAACAUUUUUCUUUCGUUAAUAUUUUUUUCACCGAAAUUCCUCUUCUCUUCUAAAUUCUUUCUGCCUUUAUUUUAAUUAUUUCUAUUUAAAUAAUUUUUUUAAAAAGUAGCUUUGCAAAAAAAUUUUUAAAAACUCAAGAAAACCAAGAACAUAUUUCUCUUCAUAAUUAUAAUUUAUUCUAAAUAUAUAUUUAAAGAAGUAGAUUUAAAACAAAAAGGUUAUUAAUAAUUAAAGACUUUAGUCCCAAACCACUCCAGCUGGAUUGCUCACUUGUUUCGUUAUGGCCAGCUUAACUACUAUGAGAAAAUGUGGUUUGUAUGAUAACUGUAUUGAAACACUGUCGCUUAAAUUGAAUUCCAGUUGCUUUACCACUUUAGUCGCCCCAACUUUAUUGUUCUUUUUAAUUCAAAGUAAAUCAUUUACUUCUUGCAAUUAUAGCUCAGGCCUCACCUUCAAGUCCCUGAUAACAUUCAAAUCCCUUGACUCUAUUAAGACCAACAGCCGUCCUUUGCUCACUUAUGCCCAUAUUGUUCAUCUGUUUGGCUCAAGCUUUAACUCUUUCAGUUCCAUACUUUCUCUGUUACUUGCUCUUUUUGUUUUUGCAAACUACACUCCUUUUGUGUUUAGCCUCUACUGCAGUCAAUGCUCUAACACAUCAUUUCUUUCCCAUUUUCACCACCAAACUGAAAUGGCACUUGAAAACACUUACUAUUAUUUUUUCUCUGUUCUGCCAUCAACUCUUUCUUCUCUCUCUGCUGCAACUGACCAGACAUUCGUUUAUUUUGAUCACUUUUUCACUCCUCUUCUUUCUAGUACUACUGCUGCAACCACAUGCUGUUUUUCCUGCCCCAAUGCUUCAUCCACCCUUUGUCCUUUGGCCCCACAACAGCAGCAAUGCUAAGGGCCAGGACUGUUCCUGGCUUCAAUAUCAGCAGUGCUGCAACUGCCAAGAAGCAGCAGACUCAGGAGCAGGUGGGGUGGAAACAACUGCAGUGGUAGCAGGAGAAGCAGCAGGUGUGUGUACAAUUCUAAUGAGAGAUCCAGAAUUACGGAUGUAUGCAGGUGUGGCUGAAGUGGAAUUAAAAAGUUCUGCUGUGGAACCACCGCCAGCAACAACAGAAGCAGUGGUGGCAGGUGCUGACUCACUGAUGUUAAAUACUAUCACCACCAGCACCUCAUCCACAAUGAUAAGCGUGCGAAUUCCUCAAUCUUCUCCUCUUUCGCGCACCUCACCUCCUCCCCUUCUUUCUCCUCCAUUCUCAGUUUCCUCUUCCACCAUGUCAUUAUCUUCAAGCCUAGUCUCUUCAUCAGAGACUACCAAGGAUUUGCCAGCACCCACUGCUGUCACCAUGACAAUAACAUCAGCAGCUGCAACUAAUGCUAGUACUGUGGCUGUUUCAAAUCUCCAUCAUUCUUCUUCAAAGUCUGUGUCAACGCAGAAUCCGGUGUCUUCUUCAUCAGUAGCUCCUCUACUGACAACUACUAUGAUGAUGAUGAUGUCUUCACCACUGUCAUCUACAUCCUCCUUGCGAAGGUCCACAAGUUCAGUGCACAACUGGUUUCAGUCAGAACUGGACAUGCGAGGUAUUGAGUCAGUCUACUCUCGUUAUAUUAUUAGUUUGCUCCUGCAACGGGACAAAGACAGUCAUGAAGAUAGUGGCAGCUGUGGACCUAUUGAAGGGAUCACUACUGGCUUGUCCCACCUUCGUCGAGAACCCAUGGUUACUACGAGCAAUCAGAGUACCACUAAAGUUAUGCCAGAUGAAUCAAAGGGAGUCAGUUGUGUCAGCAAUACUAAAGUUUCCCUCUCCACUAGUGCAGGGCUCUCUGUGGCAGGGACUACUACUCAAGGGCGCCGGCAGAAAGGAGUAAACAAGAGGGAGAAGUUGCCUUUAUCUGAAGAGGAGAGCAAAAAGAGAGAAGCAGUUCAGUGCCUUCUGGAGGUUUGUGAUGAAGUGCAAGCAGGAGGAAUUGAGAAAUUAAUAGAAGAAUUAAUGCUCAAAUUGAAAGAAUUGGAGAAGAAAGAAUCAACUCAGAGAGAAGCAGUACCUGUCUCAGUAGUUACAACUGACAGUUCAAAGUAUGUAAAACAAGAUCCAGCUGAAAGGUACUAUGCUGCAUUUCCUGCCCUGUCAACAGAUUCCUCGCAGACCACACCUACUAUAGGAUCUCCUUCCACUGUAAUUCCAGGCUCUGAUAAUUCAAAUGUCUGGAAGAAAAAGCUUCAGCAGCAACAAGAACAGCAGCAGCAGCAACUGCAACAGCAGAAACAACAACAGCUGAUGCAGCGUAAACGACAGUUUCACCAAGUAAAAGCUGAUAAGAAAUCACAUUACCAAUCUGUCAGUGGUAAUAAUUGCAGUGGCACCUCUACAUCAGUUAAUUCCUGCACUAAAGAGAACAAAUUUCAAACUAAGAGCAGACGGAAUGGCAACAUUCGUCGUAGGAAUGACUCCACUAUCCGGCUUGGUACUCGCAGCUCUCACACACACCAUGGAAACAAAGAAAAUGUCCAUAAAAAAACAGAAAGCAGUAGUUUAACUACUCACUACAGUUCUGCUCGGAACAGGCACCAUAAUUCAGGUUUUUAUCCACUACACAUGGUUUCAAUGAAGCAACCUCAGCAGCGAACUGGAUCAGGCAAGAGUAAGCUCUGCCGUGCUCUAACCUGUGAUAUGUCUGCGGAGAUACAGCCUUUAACAAGUCACACUGUCACCCAACAACAGCAACAGUUAGUUGGUGGCAGCGAGAACUUGAAACAAGGCCAAUACUACCAUAGAAAAAUGGAUAACUACAAUAAUUCAGAUUAUAAAAGCAGUAUAUGUUCUGAUAGAGAGGGUCAGAAAUAUUGUAUAAUUGUGGAGAAUAUUCUCAAAGAUAUUCUCCUCUCCUCCAAUGAGAAACGUCCAGCUUUGGCAGCAGAUAGAGAUCCAUAUUCCACCUCGCAUACUUCGCACUGGCGAAUGCAGGAUCGACAAUUUCAGCAUGCAUCGGGUGUCUUGAGUCAACAAGACAUUCUGAGAAACCAACUGGCUGUGAGAUCAGUUGCACUGAAUCAAACAGCUCCACAAUCUAUUUCGAUUUUGGAUCCUCCUUCACCCACAGGCUCAUCCCCACUGUUUCUUCUCGAUGAAAUCAACUACAGUUACUAUGACCAAAGUUUUCGAGAUAUGAAAUGGAGCAACGAGGAGAUAAACCCAGUACCUAAUAUGGUUUGUGAAGCAUUUCGUGAGGAUGCCUCCUGGUAUGAGAGCAACUUUGAAGACCCAUUUGACACUGUGCGUUGCUCUCCUGUUGCAUGCACUACAGUUGCUGAAGUACCUUCUAUUAGUAGUAUGGAUUCUAGCAGUAAAUUGCGUGCCCGACUUUAUAAGAGGCACAGCUACCCACUUCCUUCACCAUCAUCAUUAGAUGAUAUUCAGUCUUUCACUGAAAAUAAGAUUGAUAAUUUCUCUAUGUUACUUGGCCCUUUUGUUGAAACCCAGCCGCCUAUUUACCCAAGUGAAAAGGUUGACUCCUGCAUGCUUUCAACAUCAAGCAUGAGCAAUGAGCCUGUUGGCAGUUUUUGCCAUAGUAAACAAGUUGGUUCUCCAGUUGCUGAAAGUAAUCAAUGUGAUAAAAAUUUGACAGCUGUUACCAGUGAGAAAUCAGGAAACAGUCCAAUUAGUAAUAUGGUAACUUCAGGUCUGAAUUGUACUAAUGAUGCUCUGUUAACUACAAUGACCGAUACUAACCUGUGGUCAGCUGUAACACCCACUACUAGCAGCAGUUCUCAAACAGUUAGCUACACUUCACACAUUGGUGAAAACCUUCCAAAGAGUCACCAUAGUGCAAGUUGUUUGACCACUGAACCAAACAUUGAAAGUGUAUGGUCAUUUCCGGGACAUUUGCUUGUCGACAUCCAACCACCUCAGCCAGCUACUGCAGUUACAAGCAUUGUACUCACACCCCAGUUACUUCUCACUGACUCUGAGCAGGGUUCUGUCCCAAAAUCCUCAACAGCUGAUGCCACUUUUACUACCACUUCAGCAACACCUUCACUGCUUUCCACUUUUACUUGUGCCACUAGCCACUCAUAUCUCAGCCCUAGACAUCCAUCGAUCAUCAGUGCGGAGAGUGGUAAAGUCAAUACUUCUUCUGUCUGUUCUUCUACUGUCAACACUCCCUCAUCAACUUCUCCUUGUUCUACAUCAUCACUGUCUCUAGUUGACCUCUCAUAUCUGACCCAUAUUGCAGAAUGUGACUCUAAAGAUCCAUCAAGUCUCAGUGAAAAUAUUUCAGUGUCCAAUGAUCAGAAGCCACUGAACGUUAACCGUCAAAAUACUGAAGAAGACAGUGAAAUAUUAGACACUCUUUCUACAUGUGCUGAAUCACUACCAGGAAACACUUGGAAAGACACUGAUAUGCCAGCACCAAUUCGUAGCCCUAUACUCACCCCUGGUCACUAUCCUGAUUUCUCGAGAGAUAGUCAAACAACUGAAACUCCUGAAAACUAUAUGACUGCUAUAUACAACAAGUUAGAUUCAAGUUUCUCAGCUGAACUUUUUGCCCAAGGAAGCCAGAAAUGGCCUGAGCAAUUAGUGUUUGAUAUGAGAUUACUUUGGCAAGAUCAUCAACUGCAGUAUAAGAAGGAAAGCUUUAGUAAACCUGACUCUAUGCUAUCAACUGUUGUUGAUCCUGUAGAUGGUAAGUCAAUCAGUCUACCAGACUUCAGUAUAAUCAAUCAGCUAUGGUGUAAAAAUUGCAAUGACAACAAUAUUGAGGAAGGCCUUGCAAAUCCUGAUGAAUUUUUUACUAAAGGUAACUCUUUUUCUCAGUUGUGGAACAUAAACUGUCAAAAGCGGUUAACCAUGUCCAGCCAGCCAAUUCCUCAACACCGCCCAUAUUCCAAUAUUUGCUCUUACUCACCGCAACAGCUGAAGCAUAACCCUUUUACGUUAUUUCUACCAACUGUUGGUUCUGUAGCUGCCACAUCUUCACUUAGUUCAAACUCGCCACCUAAGGUUGCCAGCUUGCCACCAAUCUCUUCUUUUCUCCACGACAACACGUCUUUGUUCUCUCCUGUUUCCAUCUUUCCUUCAGCUGCAGUAAUUACCAACAGCAGCGGCAACAACAACAACAGCAGCAGUAGUAAACAGUUUAGUAACUGGGAUUAUUUCUGUUGUAACUAUUAUAGUUUCUACAGUUCUUCACCAACUGGCCCUUUCUACCAUCAGCAAAGUUGGCCAGCCUCUUCCUCGUCUUUCUUCUCAUCGCCUCUCCUUUCUCCUCCAUUGAGCAAUUCUAGUUUUAUGUUUCCAUUAGCAUCUUGCGCCAGAGACUUUUACCCAGAAAAGCCUGUUAUAUCACUUCCUAUCAAGGUUUUACCUACCACAUUUGUUCCACAUGCCAUAGAGAGUGCCAAACAUGAAUAUUCAGCUUUAGUUGAUGUAAAAGAUGAUAAUUUACCACCUCUACCUGGAUGUGAUAAAAUGCAGGACACUUCAGAAUUACCUGAAUCUGAUGCAACCACUAAUCUUGAAAAUAGAAGAAAAUUCUCUGAAGUUCAAACUUCAACAUUACCUUCCCCUCCUUCAUCUGUUGUUUCCAUUGUAACUUCUCCAGUGUCAUCUUCAACUGUUUCAUCAACUUCUCCAUGUUUAUUGUCUUCAUCUCCAUCUUCCUUGUUACAGACCUCUGUUAUGGGUCCUUUUCAAGCUUCUGAAUUGAUUCCUUCUAAAUGCUCUGCCUUUAAAGAUGUAAUUCCACGUAAACACACAGUAAUGGCUGAGCUUUCUGAAACACUGGAAGACAACAAAAGUAAGUCUUUGGAAGAGGAGGAAGAAUUGGUACAACAAUCCAGUCCAGUUAUAUCGCCUCAUGAGAUGUUAUAUUUUUCUCCCAGGACUCAUUUUCGACCAAUUAAGACCCCACCUGGUGUGGGUAUUGGACACAAAAUUAGCCUGGAUACUCUCAAUGCAGUUGCUGCUGCAGAUCUCUUGGUGACUGUUGGUUCAAAUCAUGCUAAAUCACAAAGAUUCAUUCCUGAAAAUAUUUCAGCAAUGGCACCAAUUCUUUAUCAGCCUCCAGAUCUGUUUGGAGGCCAUCCCGAAUGCCGAUCACCUUAUCAAGAUUUCCACCAAGCAGAAACUAUUGAGAACAAAACAGAAAGUGUUCAUCCCAAAAUAGGAUUUGUGCCAAAAUUUCGCCUGCACAGGAAUACAGAUAAAUACAUUCAGACUGGAAUGUCUCACAGCUCGCCACAAGAAGAGUCAAGAUCAACACAAUUUCACCUUACUUGUCAACAGCCUAAUGAAAGUUUUGUAGAUUAUGAUCUUGUAAAACUUGCUGAAGAGGUGUGUUCAGAAGAUAACAUUAGAGAUUGCACUACUGCAUCUGAUGUUAGGCCAUUGCCAUCUGGUUUCGAGUCUGAUUGCUACAUGAGUCUUUGUACUCCACAGUAUGGGGUUUCUGAUGUAGGAGGUGCAUUCAGUAGUUGUGAGAGAAAUAAAAUAAACACUGCAGCUAGUAUCUGGAGUUAUGACAAUCAGUCAGAGUCUGCUGGCACCUCUUCAACACCUUCACCAUGGGGCAGAGAUAAUAUUGAUAGUAGUACAACCAGUAUAUUGGGUUUAAUGGCAUCUGAUGCUAAAAAUCACUAUCCAAAGACAUGGAGUCGUGGGUCAGAUGAAAUACCAAAUUGGACACCUGUAGCUGUAACUGAAGCAAUAAACUGGACGCCAAUUGCUCCACAUGAUUCAUGGCCAGUUGCUGUUUCAUCUUCUACAUCAUCUUGUAGUUCUGCUGCAUUGGAUCCUGGCAACUGUAUUCAUGUAUUUUCCCAGCCCUCAUCAAUUGCAGAUGAUACACAUAGGAACCCUGCUCUGAAUAUCAGUGGUCAUGUGAUUAAAGAGGAACAGUGGCCAAACAAUCAAGGGAGUUCUAAAUCAGUUUCAAUGAUGUCGAGUCACAAUAGUCCUCUCAGUGGUAUAGUGCCACCAUUUAGUACAAUCAGCAGUACAAAUCACCUUUCAAAGAUUCCCAUAUCAGAGGUAGUCUGUGCUAAGUCUGAUUUAUGGCAACAACAGCAGCAAAACACUUGGAUAAAUUCACAAAAAACACAUACCUGGCAACCAGCAUUACCUUUAAGUUCUGAAGCAGUUAACCCUACAAUGUGGGACAGUAACGAUGGGUGUGGAGAUACAGGAGCUGACCACUGGAUGCUGGAAAGUCCAGGUACAGAAGACUCAGACUGGACAUCAGAGACACUUGUACACAAGACAUCUGGUAAACAAAUGUGGCCUAAGCCAGAAGGUGUUAUAAAGUCACAAAGUAGGGUAAAUAAAGAUUCAUCAUCAACAAGCCUUCUGGGCAAGUCUUGGUCAGUGGAUGACAUCCAGACUGAUGAACUGGACUGGUAUUUCAGUGCAACAUCUGCCAUGAAAAUAAAGGAAACAAACAAAGCUUUGAUGGAUGCAGCUAAUAGCCAACAAGUCUGGGAAGGCAAUUUAUUGCAGUGCCCUGUUUCAUGUGAGGACAACAUCAAUCGUGAUGUCUGGUUCAAUAAACCACUCAUCUGUACUCCAAAGCUUUCAACAGAGCAAAAUGAUUGGCCAAGAAGCAAAGACUGCACGCCUGAAACCUCUCUCUCUGCUUCGUCUUAUUUAACUACUGACCCACUUCUAACACCAUUGUCUCUUAGGAAAUCAAAUACAUGGUUUGCUACCUCAGAGAAACCAUGUUAUUGGCCUGGGAAAUAUGGAAACGAGAACAUGAAUGAGGAAAACAUGGCUAAAAAGUGGCUCUCUGUGCGGCCACAUGAGAUGUCUUAUGACAAAAUUACUAAUCAAGGUUACCAUGAAAAUACAAAUUGCAAGCCUGAAAAUAUUGGGGAUGUUAAAGAUAUUGAUAUUUAUAAAAAAAAUGAAAAUGAUGUUAAUAAUGAUAAUAAAAAUAAAGAAUGUUGUAAAGAUGUUGAAACUGAUAAUUUGGCUGAAGAAUUAUCAGCUCUAAAUUGUGAAAGGAUAUUGAAAAAGACAGGAACUGAGUGGUUGUCUGAAAAAUCCGAUCAUAUAGACUGGACUUCUGUCAGAGACAUGUCUGUGGCAUUAAGCUGGCCAGCAGUUCCAUCACAAGCAUCAAUCAGUUGUUCUGGUGACCAUUGUCAGGAACCUCUCUUAAGGGGUUGGCUUAAUAACUACACUUUAACUUCUAAUAAUGCAAAUUUUAAGACAACCACAGUAGUUACUACUGGAACUGAGAAGGUUGGACCAUUAAACUGGGCUGAACCAUGUUGUAUGCAAAAGUCCACAGAGAAGUCCGCAAACAGUUUGACUUUGGAUCAAACUGAUAAAACUUUAGCAGUCUCAUCUAAAAAAGUUAUGUCUUCGAAUGUCAAAAAGUCAUAUGAGAACCUUGAGACAUUAGUGCCGUUGCCGUGGGAAGCUGUUUACUCCAGUGAACUUGAGAAAGAGUGGCUAAACAGUGAAACCUCUUUAAACAGCAGCAGCACUGUACAAUUACCAGAAGGCAAGGAACUACAUUUAAAAUCACGGUCCAUAAAGAAACCUUGCAGCUUUUUCCUGGAGGGAAACUGCCGGCGCACUGAAUGCAAGUUCUCCCAUGAUAUUUCUACCAUCACCUGCAGGUUUUGGGAGGAUGGUGAAUGUUUUAAAGGGGACACUUGUCCAUUUCUACAUGGCUAUUAUGCUACUGCUACUGUAACAGCUUCAGCCACUACUGCAGUAGACAAGUAUGAAAGCGCAGCAGUUGGUAGUAGUUCUGAAAUUGCUUCUUCUAGUACCAUAAAGGAACUCUCUUUCCUACCUCAGUCUAAAGUGACCGACAACCCAGCCAGCAGUCAGACAUGUGUCUGAGUCAUGAAGUGUUUAGGAACUGUGAUGCUAAUGUAACCAUAGACACUGUUGCUAUGGCUGGAUGUAAGAAGAUGAGAUGCAAAGUUGAAGGAUACCCAAAUGUCCCCAAUUCCUUUUCCUCAUUCUUCUGUAACUUCUUCACCCAUCUGUUGGGUGAAUCCCAAUAGAUUGUCUUUCAAAUAAAUUAUAUUUAUUUAACUAAAUAUAAACAUACACAUGAACAAAUAUUAUGUGUAUGUGUG